GUAGGCAACCAAGUUAUCAGCAAAGCAACUAGUGCGAACUUAGCUUUAGGCGGCGUCAAUGGUACUGUCAAAUUGUCAAAAAAAUUAAAUGCAUUUUUCAUGUUAAAUUUUGGGAGAAAACGCUUAAAAUGUGGCACGAGGCGAGAAAACAGGAACGUAAAAUACGGGGAAUGCUCGUGGAUUACCGUAGAAGAGCAGAAAGGCGCCGGGAUUUCUACGAAAAAAUAAAAGCAGACCCAACGCAGUUCUUGCAAGUGCACGGGAGACAAUGCAAAGUGCACUUGGACCCAGCAAUUGCGGCUGCUGCUGACAGUGCUGUAAUGAUGCCCUGGCAAGGCCAAACAGAUAACCUCAUUGACAGAUUCGAUGUGAGGGCUCAUUUAGACUACAUUCCUCCAGUAAGGAAAGAUGAAGAACCCCACACAACACAAGAAGAAAGACAAUUAAAUUACGAGAGAUACAGAAUCAUCGCACAAAACUCAUUCCUAGCCGUUACAGAGGAGAAAUUCCUGAAACAAUUGCACUUGGAGGAGCAGUUUGGUUACACGGAAAAGCCGACGAAAAAAGAACGUACAGGUGGCGCUGCCAUCGGGUUCAACUACGAAGAGGGAACGGCGAUAAAUCAAGCGGAAUCGAACAAUGAAAAUAACGAGGAGGAAUCCGGGGACAACUCCGACAGCGAUCUGGACGUGGAUUUGGCGAUAAACGUGUCGAAAAUGGACCCGACGGAAGCGCACGAGAUGAACAAGCACGGCCAUCAUUUCGGAAUGAGUUCCAACGAUUUUUACUCGUUCCUCACUGGCGAUCUGGAGGAGGCGGAAACGUACAGGCUGGCCAAGGAGGAGGAGCACGAGAAGGCUCUGUUUUCCGGGAGGAAAUCGAGGAGGGAGCGGAGGGCGCAUCGGGAGAAACGGCUGGCCAAUAGGAUCAUCAGCCCGCCGAGUUAUGCCGCUCAGGCCUCGCCCACCCACCCGCUAUUGGCCGUCAGCCGGUCGCCUUCUAGAUCGCCCUCGCCGGAAAAUACCGGCAAGAUCACUUAUAUCACUUCUUUUGGCGAUGACGAAGAAGGGCCGUCGACUAGCAAACCAACCUACGCAGACAAGGUGAAGUACGGCAAACCGAAGGUGUCGACUGCGUCUGCGCAGUCGAAGAGAUCGUCCACGGAGCGCAUCGUGUACAGAAGACGAAGCCGAAGCAGAAGCAACGCCAGCCGCGACCGCAAAAGAAGAAAACCGUCCCGAUCGCGGUCAAGAUCCAGAAGGUCGCGAACAAGAUCUUCAUCCGCAAGAUCCCGCAAAAGUCGCUCGAAAUCCAGGAGCAAUUCCAGGGAAAAAUUCAACCGCAGCGCGGCGCGCAGGAGAAGACAGAGGUCUUCUUCUUCGUCCUCGUCCUCGUCCAGCAGCAGCUUGUCUUCCAGCUCGUCGUCGUCGUCUUCUUCUUCUUCGCGGGCGGCCGAGAAGAGCCGGACGUCGACGAUCGAGAAGUCGAGGUCGAGGUCGCGCUCGAAAAGUCCCGAGAGCGUUGAAAAUGCGGGAGAGAAGAAGGCGUCGCCGGCGCCGAAAGCGAUUCCGAGGUACUACGGGCGCAAAAAGAGCGAUCGCAGUUCGUCGGAACUCAGCGAGGCCAGCGACGAUGCCAAAAACGGAGACAAUUUAAAUUCAAAUGAGUCUAAGUCCUGUGGUAUAUUAUCCGGAAAUUCAUCAGCCAAAGUCAGUAAGAACCCCAUAAUAUUUCGUACUGUUUUAUUUUUUUGUUCACAAUCUUUAUGUUUCACACAACAACAAUGUUUAAAUGAAUACGUGUUAUAUUAAUUUGAAGGUAAAAAAAAAUCAACCCUACCUCAACACCUUUGUUUAGACUAUACCCUAUGUAUUCUUUGCAUAUUGGCUCUUUUUAAAUUAAAACCCAAAUUAACUUGGGACAUUUUCAGGGGGCUGGACCUACUAUGACGAUAAUAGAACGCCUUAAACGUAAAAGACAGGCACUAUUGAAUAAGCAAUUUAAAGCUGAUAAAAUAGCUGAACAAAUAAAAACUGAACGCGAAAAGCAAGAACAGCAAACUAGAGAGGACGAGUUAAGGGAAAUGUUGAUAAAGUUCAGAAAAAGGCAACGAGAAAAACGCCAUGCAAACGAAAGCCGCAGCUCGGGUUCGUCCGACUCCGAUUCGGACACGAAGAGCACGAAAUCCAAACCGGAAAAGGACGAUAAAAGCCGGAGUUCCACCCCGAAAAAAGACAAAGAACAUUCGAACAGAGAACCUCGCAAACGCGAGCACAGAGACGACAAAGAGAAAAACACGCGCCGCGAAAGGAGUCGCGAGAAAAGUCGAGAUAGAAGCAGAGAAAGAAGAUCUUCAAGGGACAGAAGUUACAGAAGGAACAGCAGAGAUAGAGAUAGAAGAUACAGUCCGAAACGAAAGGAAGAAAGAGUCAUUUACAGAGACGAUAAGCGAUACGAUAGAGACAGGGACAGAAACUACAGAACUAAUAGAUUAGUUGAUUAUUAAUGAUGUAUUAUUAUGGUAUUCAAUAAAUAAUUAUUAAGGCAAAUUAA